AAGAAGAGCUCUACUCUGAAAAUAUUCGUUUACGAAGGGAACUUGAAGGAAUCAGAGCUAACCAUGAUGCUGGACGAUUCGAAGAACUUGCUUCUAUUGCCGAUUCUGGUCUUGACUCUGAUGCCCCCAUGGAUCUUGAAGAAGAAGAUCCGGCCAUUGUUUUAGACGAUAUGAACGAAGACGACGCCGAGAAUGAACAUGAGCUUGGUAUCGAAGCAGAGGUUGCAGAUCCCAAUAUCGCAUCUCCUAUUAAGAGAACGGGUUCAGCCAUUUUUUCUGUUGCCGCGUACCCUACCCCCUCGUCUGCCCCUCGCAACCAAGUGGACACCCGCCGUUCCAGCGUUAUUUUGGACAACAUGAACGACAAUGAUGGCGAUGACGAAAUCGAAAUCGAGCAAGGUCUCGAAUCACAGCAGGUAAUAAAUGCCAGUCCCGCGUCUUCUUGCCAGAUAGCAGGGGUAGCUCUUCCAACUCCCACCACAUAUUCUAUUCAGUCGUCCGCUCCUCGCAACCAACUGUUCAUCCGUCGACCCAGCAUGAUUUCGAAGGAUUUACACGAAGGCGAGAGAGAUGGAGAUGGUGCUGAUGGACAGAAUGUGGACUCAGUAGUACAGCUUCCACACCCUCAGAUGAAGGUAACGCAGGCAAACACUACCAACAUAUUUCGGGCUGUGCCCGUCGAUCUCACGUCCCCCGUUCGGAGAACAGGGUCAACCGGUUUAGAUGCUGCAGCGUAUCCCACUCCAUCCUCUGCCCCUCGAAAUCAGCUGGCAAUUCGUCGAUCGAGCGUAGCUACCUUACCACGUGAUGAUGAUAGAUCUCAUCCGUCAUCCCCAACGCCUCCAUCUCGAUCACUAUCAUUUGUAGCAGCUGGUAUCCCAUCCCAGCCCGAUUGCUCAGAACAUCAUGAUGCUAAUCACUCGGAAGAAACCGUCGGGACAGGAACAGAAACCACUGCUGGCAGUAGCACAGGUGCUACACUUUAUUAUGAAUGUAUCUUGGGCAAAGUCGAUGAAAUGGCGCGUAGAACUCAGGCGCUUCGCAAACUUGUGCGCCAAGGGGUGAGUUUCUGCAAUGUUUAAUACGCGUCAACAAAACUUCAAGGCUCUUUUGCUCUAGCACGCUCGUUCCAGGCAGGCACAGGCUGAAUUAGAGGCUGAAAACAAAAGAUUGAAGAAUAUACUCCAAAGCCUUACUUCCCAAGCACCAAUGUUUCAGGGGUUCGCGUCCCACUUAACAAGUAUCCAGCAAUUAUAUCCAUAGGCCGCUCCUAUACUAUCUCUUCGUAUGUGUGUAUAGUAUAGUAAUACAGCGCUUUUAUAAGUCACAACAAAACCAAAAUAA